GAUUAGAAAAUACUCUUUCCAAAUCGUUUCGAUUUUUAGGGACGAUGAACUUUGACGAUUGAAGAGUUACAUUUCCAGUAUAUCAUUCCAUGAACGUGUAUAUUAGUUUGUGAUCAUUCUGAACGCUAAUUCAAACUGUAGAUAACUUUCUGCAAAGAACCAGUUAGGAUGCAAAUUGGUCCAUCUGGUUGAUUUUUUUUUUACGAUGGAAAAGCAUGUAUUUUGUACAAUUUUCGUGACUUUGGAUGUGCAUAUGAUUGUUUAUUUUUAAGCGUGUGAGGUAUCACAAUAUUUAAUUGUAUUUCAUGCUUUUAAAGAAAAUCAGUAUAAUUAGGACCCGCCAUGUAAUAGACAGGCUGUAGGAAAUCAAUCAGUAUGUCAGUUUGCUGGUUGCACCCAGGGUGAUAGCUGUGACUAUUAGACGAUAAAUGACAGAUUAGCCCAGUGCUUUGGACGGUAUCAAUAUUGAAGACUGGUGUUCCUGCAGAAAUCCAGGAUAUAUGUUACCAGCCCACAUAGGGCAGAACCAGUCAAAUUUUACUGUAUGCUGUUAAAGCGCUCAUAGACAAAGCAUGUUUUUGUAGCAUCGAUGAUGGCUGUGAGGAAUUCAUCAAUUUUAGUGCAGCAAUGGAGCAGGUUUUACAGUACAGACUGAGGCCAAGCAAAGCAUGGUACAGUAUUGAAGACCGUAGCAGUUUUUGGUUCUACAUCAAAGCAGCUUGCCAAGGUCGGGAUAUGAUUAGCUGUAUCAACAACAUAGACAACAUCGAGAACAUCAAAUCACCAUUGGCAAAGGGACAUGCAUUCCUGCGAUGUGCUUUGAUGGAGAAACGACUUGCAGACUACCUAUCACAGGCUCUGAAACAGACCACCAUAACCAGGCGGUUUUAUCAAGAGGGAGCUAUCAUGCUUGGUGAUGAGGGUAUGGAGCUUUGUGGUGUUCUUCUUGGGCUCAAUGCCAUCGAUUUUGGGUUUUGCCUCAAGGGAGAGAACUUUGAUCUUAUGCCUUAUCCUUUAGCCAUUAAUUAUGUUCCCUUCAUGAAGUUCAAGCAAAGUGCAGAGAGCCUAUGCAGUGAUGCAGAAGAGAUGCGAGAAUUGUCCAGUUGCGCAAGCUCUAUAAUCAGUGAAGAUGCUCAUGAUGGCACACCUGAAACUGGACAGGAUCGGUACCAGCUACUGCUGAAGAGAUAUCUUUGUGUUCUAGAACAAAAGAGUUUUCUGGAGGAGGUUGCGGCAUCACAGGAAAAAGUUUUGGAGACAGCUUCUAUUGCCCAGCAGCAGCAACUACAGCAACAGCAUGAGAUGCAGAUGCAGCAACAGCAGUAUGAAGCAGUUAUUCUGGAGUUGCAGGCACAAGUGGCACGUAUGAAAAAAGUGAAUGAGUCACUGCAGCAACAGCUGGUGCUAGCACGCCAAACCCGCCUGCCAUUAACGGAAUUGGGCACCACCAGCAGGUCUGCAGCCAGUUCAUUUGUUGCUGCCAUGGAACAUCAGCAGAAAUUAAACCAGCAAAGUGUCAACAGCUCAAACAGUCACCCUAGAGUGGCACAGUCUGUUGAUGCUCGCAGCAUGGUAUCAGCCAUUUCCGAUUUGUCUGAAAUGGGCUGCAUGGUAGAGGCUCAUCAAGAAAUGGGUGAAAGGCAUGUAGAUGACACUCAAAGUAUGGUGCCUCUGGUUGGAUCCCUGAUGGAUCUAAGUGAGCCAAAGGGUGACAGCUCAUCAGUGACCCUUGUGUGCAAAGUCUGACCCUGAAAUCAGUGCGGUUGUCCUCCAUAGUAAAACUAGAGCCCUCGUGGGGGGUUUUGAUGAGUUAAAUGGAAACAACAUUGACAUCGAAGGCAGAGAGAUUUCUUUCUCUGGACAAGUAGGGACAGAACCAGGUAGUGGAGAGGAGGAAAAGGAAAUUGCUGUCAUGGGAGAUGAUUUACAGGGAUCCAUUAUUGUUCUGAAGGAGCUGGAGGGCGAGGCCAUGGAAACAAAAGCAUUGCCGGAUCAGAGUGAUGCCGAGACAGAGUCUGAAGGUAUAGAGGCACUGUCAGAAGAAGAUCCAGCAUCUUUAGAGCAUGGCCAAAGCCUAACACCUUUUGAACCUCAAGUGGGAAUACCUACCUCAUCCACGACUGAAGAUUUUCCAUUGCAUUGUAGAAUUGAGAGCCUCCCGGAAACAGAAGAGAUUUCUGCCCAUGGAGAGCUUUCUGGAGGAAGUUCUAUGGGUAAAGAUGCCGUGGAUCAAGAAUCAUUAAGCCCUGAAGAGAAAAAUGAUGACAAGAAAAGUUCUGCAAGCAGCAGUGAAAAGGAAGAAAUGUCAGAGCCAGAGAUUCUGGUGCGAGAGGCAAAUGAGCAUGAAGAAGUCAAUAGCAACAGCAGUGGAUCAGACAUUGCUAAGGAUGCCUGGGAUAUGAUGAGUGAUGCAAGCAGCCAGUAGCAAUUUUGCUGCAGCUGAUCUUGUGUUUGCAGAAUCAAGCUGAAAAGGAUCAUUGGACCUCUAUGCAUGCACAGACUUAUGUGUAAGCAUGCAUUCACACAUAUGCACAUGCACACAUAUAUGUGUUUGGAUUCACAGGUAUAGGAAACUACGACUGAGAUUAAUUGAGUGAUUGUUGAAUGACUAGACAAACUUUAUUAGGCACAAAGAAUAGGGCUUCCUGCACACAAGAACCUGAUUUGUUGUAAUGUCAUAUAAUUUGUUAUUAGUAGUUAAACAUUCUUAGUAAGUCAUCACAGGCAAGGCAGUGUCACACGUUGUUCUACAUUAUGGCUACUACUUAUUUAAAAGUACACUUCUGCCAUUCUUGACUAUUUUCUCAGACAGAAGCUCUGGCUGAAAAUUUUGAGACAAAUUACUGCAAUUGCUCACUCUUACAGUCAGACAUUUACCAUUUUUUUUUUUGAUGCAUUUUUGACACCCAGCAUUGAAUCAGAUUCUUACCCUAAGAACAGUUUAUGCUGCAGUUUUCUAUAGUCAUUCCACUGUUUUGAUGUAUUCCAAAUGAUGGACCAGAGAAUUUUAGCAUCAUUAACCACUUUUUUCUUUGGAUGUUACUUAUUGUGACAAUAUAGUUCUAGAAAUGACUUCAAGGACAUUAAAGCAGGCAUCUUAGCAGCUGAUAAUCAUUCUGCUAUGUGUUUAAGGUCUGUUUUGAUUGUCACUGGCAGAAAUCCCUACAAACUUCUCGUGAUUCGUAAUCAUUUUAAUGUACAAGGCCACAUACAAAUUUAUAUUGUGUGGACAACAAAAUCCCAAAUAAAGAUUCAGUGUUCAUUCUUGAUGAAAGAAAUCGAAUUGAUAAGGUCAACUAAUGUGUUCUUGUGAUGGCUUUUUGCCUGCCUCUUACAUCUUUGUCAUGCAGACCAUUCCAGUUUGACAUUUGCUUCAGUGGUUACAUUUAUUUGUGAUUAUGAGAACUUUUAGACUGUCUUUCAGCACUGGUUCUUUAAGCUGGAGGAAAGUUUGAUCAGUGCAAAUGAUUUUGUUAUGAUUUUGUGGAAGGGAUUAGUAGUGUCAUUUGUUCCCCUUUACCCUCCCUCUCCUUUUGUGCAUCAUACAGCAAACCAACAAGUGGCUGUCACAUGGUGUGUCCACAAGUUAUCUGUGCUUGCAAAAACUUGUGCCGUACUUGCCUCAUGCGUAUACACUAUCCCUGUUAGUGAUAGAGCAGUGAUUUUUUUUAAUAUAAUCUCUCAGAAGAUUAUAUUUGCUUUAUUGUGGUAGGACACUGAAUCAGUAAGCCUGUCUAUUUUGAUCAAGCUUCCAUGUUAUCUUUAAAAAGUCUCUAACGUCCUCCUUGCAUGAAUAAAUACCGGUUGACGUCAUUCUCUCUUGUGAUGUUAGUUUCUAUGGACUCUCUGAACUCUGACCUACUACUGCUUCAUCUUUCUUCCUAACGACAUUUUUAACUUAAAAAAAUUAUCAUAAUCAACAAUCAAUAGUUCAAUGUUAAAUGCAAGACUUUCUCUUACGAAUGCAACAUAUUUGGAAAUCACAGUGGAGGUCGGCUUUGUCAGAUGCUGCUUCUGCACUGGCUGUAUCUGAAAUCACAGAUGGAUCAGUGCUAGCAUUAUCCUUUCCUGUCAUCAACAGCUUCGGUGCAGGGUAAUAAGUCUUCUUCAUCAUGACAUUGUUUCUGCAAUAUGUAGCACCAUCGUCAGUUCGAACAAUGUAGGCAGACUGCAGUGCCUGGUUUUCAGGUGCUGUUCUUGUCCUGCAUGCGGACAAUGUCUCCAAACUGAAGAGGGGAAAGUGGCUGUUACAAAGUCUUUUUAUUGCAAUCGUUGUCUUGAUGCUCUCUCUUUUUGUUGGUUUCAUGUUGGAACUGGUUGAUUUGGAAUGCUGGGUCUAAGGCAGACGUCUGUAGUUGGCAGUCUUGUUUUGAGACAUCUGUUCAUCUGCAAUAGUGCUAGUGACACCCUUUGGCACCAUGGUACUUCUGUAUUGUACGAUGGUACUGUUUGGGUCUUGCCUUGGCGCCUUUGCUUUCUUUAAAAUGUUUUUUAAAGUCUGUAUGCUACGCUCUACUAGGCCAUUGGACUGUGGGUGCUUGGGGCUGGAAGAAGUGUGCUGAAAACGUCUCUCUGUUUUCUAACGUCUUCCUUGCAUGCGUAAAUACCGGUUGACGCGAUUCUCUCUCGUGAUGUCAGUUUCUAUGACCUCAGCUGAACUCUGACCAACCACUGCUACAGACACUGUGAUAUACUACAGCAUACCAUCUGGGCAGUCAGUAACAACUUACCAAUCUUCCGGGUUAUGCUUCAAACGUUCUUCAAUGUUGAACAGUUGUAGUUAUGUUCUGGGAACUGCUGUGUUGUAAAUAGACUAGUCAUUGGCCAGCACAUCAAAAGCUGUGUUGGUACAUGGUAAAAAUACCAAAUUGUUGUUACUGCUUCGAUCAUUUGAACACCCAUCAUUCAGUUUUAAAAAAUGUAAUCUUUUAAGAGAUUUGGAAUCAGUUUAUAUUUUAAACACUUCCUAGUCAGCGUACAUUUGCCUCUUGUCUUGUGUGCUUAAGUGAUUAAAGCAGGAGUGAGGAAAGAGAGGGACUUCUUCUGCAGGUAAUGUGCAAUAUGAGGAAAGGUGUGGUUGAAAAUUACCCAGCAUAAAUGCUUUAUUUCUGUGAUAUCAUUUACUGUCAGAGACCCCAUCACUUUGAAUCACCACAGAGUACUGCAUUAUAUAUGCUGUAUAAGUUUCUUAACCCAACAUUAAUCCUACCAUUGAAAUAAAUAUUAAACGUUUUUUGUGAUUUUGUUUGUAAUGUACUAUGAUGAUUGCUUGAUCUUAUUUAUUAUAAACACAAUGUUCAGACUGAAUUGGCUGCGAAUGUUGCCAGAAAAUUUUGUCAAGAAAAAUGCCCAGAAUUGCUAUUGAAAAUGUGUACAUAGCCAUUCUUGUGGUCAUCCUGAGCUACUAUUCUCAGUGAGUGAUAAAACUGUAGAACUGGCUGUGCAAGUGUUUCUGGGAAAAGCAAAGGCUUUGUAAAUCCAUGAUUGAUAGCCCUUAUUAUGUUAAGAGUCAUGAUAGAUAGUCAUAAUUAUGUUAAGAGUAACCUGAACACUGCAUCACCAGCUGUUCACCAAGACUCUAAAGCUGGUUCAAUCUGCAUUUAACUGGGUCUUCUGCAGUCAGUAUUGAACCCCUUGAACUACUACACUUUUUUAUAUCUGUAUUUGGGUAAUUAUUGAACUAUUUUUGGCUUUGAAGCCUCAGUAUCCUCCCUGCUGGGUGCAAUGCUCAGAAUAUUUGUGAAUCCAAGUUUAAUACUACUUUCGUUACACACACACACA